AUGGCCACCUUUUCGCUUACGGCUGAGGGCCAUGGCACCAAUUACACCGGCAUGCUCACGAGGAGCAUUGUGUUCAGUGGGGCGCUUAUACUGUUUCUCGUCACAACUGGCUUGACAAUAGCCUCGAUUAUCGUUCCGGAUUGGAUAUCGUACGACACAACAACUCUGCACUGGAGUCUUGGGCUACAUCGCAAAUGCUCUAACACAAACCUACCGCCGAGCUCCGACUACUUCUUCACAAGUUCCAGAACCGAGUGCGUCGAGUUUCCUCGUUACUCCGAAUGUCGAGGUGAAGAUCGAUACUUCUGUAGCAUGUGGCGGUCGGUCGGCUUCCUCAUGUCGUUCGCGGUUGUUAUUGAAGGUAUGACCAUUGCUGCGUUUAUCAUCCUCCUUGCCGGCGGAAAGCAGCGAAGAGAAGCAGGUUGGGGUGCUCUCGUAGUUCUUGCCUUGAUUUCGGCUGUUGUCCAGGCUAUUAGCAUGGGCUUGAUGACAUACUUGUUUGACAACGAUGACCAGUUCUUCCCUGGCUGGUAUCUCGAUAAAAGUUGGUCCAUGUGCACCGGGUCUUGGGCUGUACAGGCCCUGUGCGCCGCCGCGAUUACCGCUGCAGCUCUCAUACUACCCAGCGAGGGUGGCUACGAGUUAAUACCAGACCACGCAUGA